AGUAACGAUAUCCAUCUAUUGACUUGUAAAACGCACUUGUGUCACAAUAGUCUAGAUGGCUUAGAAAAUCGUGGACACAUUUAGAGAAAUUUACAAAAUUACAUUUAAAAUAACAACAAUGGAAAUCUCAAGCCCCGAACCAAACGAUAUGGAAGUUCUGAAAAAGAUGGAGGACGAACACUACCACCUUCAAAGACAAGUCCGUAUGAUACAGAUAGACAGACAAAAUCGAUGUAUGGGAGUGCAUCCCCAAUUCAGAAGACAAGAUCUACUAUUGAGGACAUUAAAAAAGGAAUAUUUGAAUAUAUUGCUAGACUUAAAGAUAGCUAAAUCUGGAUCAAACAAGAAGAAAGAUAAAAAGAUGAAACAAUUAGUGAAGAAACGUCUGCUGUAUCAUACGAAAACGAAAAUGGAAUGCGAAGAGGGCAUUAUUUUAAUGUCACAAGCUGAUGAACUUUUGCAACGCAAGAAGAAACAACUACUGAAGCUGAAGAAGAUUGUGAACCAAAAUAAUGGCCAAUUGGAAGAACGGCGUGAACAAAGUAUAUACCGGCUCAGUUCGACGGAAAACAAGCUGGAAGUUGCGAUGCGUCGGUUCAACACCGUGCACUAUGAGAACCAGAAGAUCCGACAGGAAAUCGAGCACAUGCUCAAUGACAGGGCGCUGUUCAACGAAUCCUGGACGAAGAUGCUGGUUGCUCUUAAAAAGGGCAAGAAGUUCCUGACAGACCUGUUCGAGUCAUCAACCGUCGCGUACGAUCAGCGUGACGAGUGGGUUAGCAAGCUCAAGUCUGUGCAGGAGAAAGGAAAGCUUGAUCAAAUGAUGCAAAUGCAGGAAAUGCGAGGCCUACAGAAAGCCUACGAUCACGAAUUGAAACUUUUCAACUUCUUAGCAAGAAAGGGUGUAAUGCGAAUUAAUAAAAAACAAGAGGAGAAGGAAAAAGAACAGCUGAGAGAAGAAAAAGAAAAUAUAGAAACUGAAAUAGCCCGACAUGUGAAAAUACUAAACGAAGUGACUGAUUAUGCCAAGGUAGAAGAUAUAAACGCUAUAAUCGAAGAAUUUGAACGAGUGGAACAAAACAACUUCUCCAUGUACAAGCUAUUCACAGACAUUUGUGCGGAAAACGAUGUCUGUAGACGAGAUUUAACAAAAAUUCGUCAGGAUAUUGAAGACCGUAAAGACUGGAAUGAGAAUAUGGAAGAGCAAAGACAAAGGAAAUUGCAAAAUCUGCGAGAACAGUUGGAGACGCAGAAAUUGAAAACAGAAGAAGCAAGGCAGAAGAACAAAGAAAAGGAUGGUCUUCUCAAUAGAGUAAUGGAUAACGUUCACGAAAUUUUUAAAUAUCUCGAGUGUUCCUUGGAGCCGUACACAAAUUUGCUAGGUGAUAAACAACCAUCACUUCACCAGCUCGACCUCACGUUUAGAUUGAUAUCAGAAAAGAUCAAAGAAUAUAUCCAAAUCACCUACUACUAUGAGAGGCACCUUACUAAGAAGGUAGACAAGAGUGGCUCUCGCCUGAAGAAGUACACGGUCCAUCCUCAACCAGCCAACGUUUGGACUCCAAUACCAAUCAACCUGCUGGUUCCCGCGGACCCUUGUCCAUCUUGCGUGGAAGCGCGGUGGAUGUCUAGGGUUACGGAGACCCCGGAGGUGCCGAUGAACAAGACCAUGGCUCUUGCAGCCCUCCGGGAACUGGCUACAGACCCUGCCUUCGAGAGGAGUGACCGCGUGCACCAGCUCGUAGACUGCCGGGUGCCGCGAAGCCGGGCUAUCCUCGCCAGAAGAUACAUGAACCUAUAGUUUAAUAAAGAUGAAAC